GUUAAAGCCAAUCACAGUAAUUACGUAGAACCUAAACUAAACACCAGAAAGGAACAGCAAAGAUCCUGUAGCCAAACAAAGCCCCAAAGAGUCAGUCAGUCGUGAGAGUUCUCGCAAGUCUCAGACAAGUUAGGUUGCUUCCAGACUAAAAGACGCCGUGGUAGCGCACGUUUUUAUCAUGCGCACUCCUCCUCUUACCUCUCUUCGUUAGUCCACUGUCCAUGGCUCCAUUGAAGACCGAUUCUCCCAUCUCUCGUCGCAUCGUACGUUCCUUCUUGGAUUUCCUCAACUCAGUUGAACCAGCUUCUGGUGUUGAUCUUGAAAGCCUCGAGGUUGCAAAGGAAUGCUUGCAGGAGACUUUUAAGCUUAAUACACCUGCUACUGAUGAUUGGAUCAAACCCGUUUCGUUGGCUGAUAUUUUUAGUUCACUGGAGUUGAACAAGCUUCAGGAGAAUAAUUCUGAUCAUGGUUAUGGAUCGUGCUCAGUUGAUGCUCCUAGUUCAUCAGCCGUUCAGGGUUCUGCUGAUGCCAAUCUUUCAAAGGCAUCAAAAUCUCUGGGUGAAGAUUUGACAAGUAAAGACCAUGCAUUAGGGGAGUCCAAAGAUGCACUCUUUGGGCAAUUCUUUUCUGCCCUUGAGAGAAGUCUCUAUUUUAAGACCUUGCCUGAUGGUAAUGAUGACCCAGUCAGAUUAGACAAAGCAACUAAUCUAUUCCAUGAUGCUUUAGCUGAGAUGGAAAGAUCUGGAUGCGAGGAAUUCAUUCCUAGAAAUCUGGCAGAGACCUUGAAAUCACAAGGUAAUAAGGCCAUGCAAUCAACGCUGUACCCCAAGGCAAUUGAGUUGUAUGACUGUGCCAUUGCACUUUGUGAAAGUAAUGCUGUUUACUACUGUAACAGGGCAGCGGCUUACACUCAGAUGCACAAAUAUACUGAAGCAAUCAGAGAUUGCCUUAAAUCCAUUGAAAUUGACCCCAAUUAUAGCAAGGCAUACAGUCGUCUGGGAUUAGCUUAUUAUGCACAAGGGAACUACAGGGAUGCUAUUGAGAAAGGAUUCAAGAAAGCAUUGCAAUUGGAUCCGGGCAAUGAAGCUGUCAAAGAAAAUAUACGGGUGGCCGUUCAGAAAUUGAGAGAGGAACAACAACGAGCAGAAUCUGGUCAGAACACAAGUUCGUUUAGUAGUAGCAGUGCUUCAGAACACCCCAACCAGUCUACAGGAGGGUCGAGAAGCCAUGCUGCACCUCCUCCGUUCAGUUCAAUGCCAUUUAAUACAGGUGCUCUUCCUGCUGAAUUUGCAAAUAUGUUUAUGAACAUGGCUGCAAAUGCGUACCAAGGACAACAUUCUCCAGAUAACCAAGGAGAUGAUAGCAGUACCGAGGGAUUCGAUGAACCGGGAAUAAGGAUUGGGGGUAACAUCAAUUUCAAUUUCGGAGAACAAAUGCCCGAGGAACUAAGCGGAGCUUUGAGAUCAGUGAUGGAAAUGUUUUCCGGAACAACAGCAUCUCAGGGAAAUUCACAAGAUACUACAAACGAAAGACCAAGGCCAAACUAAACAAUCGGAACAUGUUGGAACUGUAAAAAUAGUCUCAACACCUUUUUGUAUCAUUGCUAUGGUUUAUGUUUCUUUUAUAGAAAAUUUCUUUUGACUUUCUCCAUCUUCAGAAUGUUAGACGGCAUCACAACCUUGACAAA